ACCCCUAAAUAAUCGCUACUUAAAGAUCACAUAUUCUAUAUAAAGGUUUAUCUUCGUGUAAUAACAAAUUGUUUGAAAGUUUUGCAAAAGAAAUUAUAUGCGUAUUUCUUCUUGCAGUUUGCUAUAAUUUUUUUCGAUGUGAUUAUUCAUUAGUUCCCAGCUCUCUCGGAAGUGACACUGAAUUUGACCGGAAGUGAAACGUUUUUCUUCUGACAUUCAUGUGACAUAAAAAUAAAUAUGAUGGACACUGUAAAUAUUGUGAUAUUUGGACGGUUUUGGUAACCGUAAAUUUGCAUUUUGUACGAUUAUCGUCAAGGAAUCCAGGAUUCAACAUGGUAGCUUUAAAACUGAUACUAAAUAUUCUUUGUAUCAUCGGAUGUAUUUUGAGCUAUUGUCAGGUAACGGAGGGCACUGACUCAGGUUAGUAUUAAUGUCCAUAUUACUGUUGAUGUAUUAUUAACACACACAUAUAUAUAUAUAUAUAUAUAUAUAUAUAUAUAUAUAUAUAUAUAUAUAUAUAUAUAUAUAUAUAUAUAUAUAUAUAUAUAUAUAUAUAUAUGUAUAUGCGUAAGUAGCAAUGGCUCAUCCUGUAGAGUGCUCAAUAUUAUGACACAAAGGCAUAGAUAUCUUAUAUACACUAGAUAGUGCAUCUAAUUAUUCUGAAGUUCAAAAAUUGAAGCCGUGAUUGCAGUCUCAGGUCGUUCCCAUGAAAUUAGAAGAUUCGUAUGUUUUCUAUUUCUUAAACAGGGGACUUAAACAUUAAGUUAACCCUAUUCCAAAUUCGUUUUUAAAAUAUUCAAAUGAUGAAAAUUAUUGUUGUUUUUAAGCGUUUAUUAGCAAGUGGGAACGACCAACAUGGCCGCCAUCUAUUCAAAAUGGGGGUAACCGCUGGAAUAUUGUUGGCUUCAAUUUUACUAAAAGAGAUGCACUAUCUAGUGUAUAUAAGAUAUCUAUGCACAAAGGCCAUAGAGCAAUAUCUAACUACAGACGGUACCGUUUCGGCCUUUUGGGCCUCAUCAGUGUAGUGCUGAUGAGCAGGAUGAAAGUAACCACUAUUAAUAACUAUUAAUAGUGGUUACUUUCAUCCUGCUCAUCAGCACUACACUGAUGAGGCCCAAAAGGCCUCUUUACCUUUGAUGUCUCAAGAAUGUGGGGCAUCAAACCAUUGCCAGAGUGCUCAAACUGCAAGCAGUGAGCAUGCGCACAAUGCGUAAGUAGCAAUGGCUCAUCCUGUAGAGUGCUCAAUAUGACACAAAGGCCAUAGAGCAAUAUCUAACUACAGACGGUACCGUUUCGGCCUUUUGGUAUAUAUAUAUAUAUUUAAUUUUUUCCCAUGUAUAUAAAAAAAGCUACUUAAAAUAUGUUACAAUAAUUUAAAGAUUUUGGGCUAGAGACCUACUAGAAAUCUUCAUAGACUUUUUAUAUAGAAAUAUUGAAUGUUUAUACAAAGUGCAAUUGAAUGGUAAGAAUAUUUUCAUGUAAUGAAAGAUGCAUGAACUGUUCCAUUCGAAGAGGCGGCAGCCAUCGGAUCAGAUCAGUAUUUGAAUAUAUGUGACAUUACCCCCUGACUGUAAACCAUCCGAAUAUAAACCCCCAAGUAUAAGCCAUUAUUACUUUAAGUUAUUAACAUCAAAUGUUGUCCGUAUAUAAGCCGCACCCCAUGACCCUCACCUCCAAUGGUUUCACUCCUACCUAACGAAUCGUAACCAACGUGUGACUGUCCUUGGUGCAACAUCUAAUACCCUCCCAGUAACUUCAGGCGUACCUCCAGGCUCAAUUCUUGGCCCUCUCCUCUUUGUCUUGUACAUCAAGUACAUCAACGACCUUCCUGAUGCAGUCACAUCCAGCCAAUUUGCAAUGUUUGCCGACGAUACCAAACUAUAUUCACUGUCAAAAGAGAAGACAACUGUAAAUGCCUCCAAAGUGAUCUUGACAACUUGCAAACAUGGUCAUUUAAUAGCGUCUAUCAUCAAUGGCCUCCCUUUCAACGAAAAAAAGUGUAAAUCUGGCCCUUGUAAGACCACACCUAGGGUAUGCAACACAAACAUGGGCUCCACAGUCUGUUGAACUAAUUGAAACAAGUUGAGCGCACACAGAGAAGAGCAACUAAAUUCAUCCUCGAGUUACCAUUUUCCAGUACUAUGGACUAUACCACCAGGCUCUAUCUCUCCUUCUCUUUUACAAGAUAUUACCCAUGGACUUCUACACAUAAAUACAUCUCUCUUUCCAACCAUCCACACCUCCAGACAAACUAGAUCUUCCACCAGUACUUCUGCCAAGUAUGUCAUUCCAAAAUGCAAGACAUCCACUUAUCAAAGAUUCUUCUUUAUCCGAUCAACUCGGAUCUGGAACCUUCUCGCCGAUCAACUAAAACUGGACACAUGUGGCCUCUCUACAUUUAAAACUGUCAUAAUGAUUUUUAAUUAUAAAUAAUUACUCUAUGUCAUUAAGAACUUGUUACAAUGUCAACGGUCCUCGUUCGUACCAAACCAUUUGUCUAAAGUGUAACUCUGUUCGUAGUCUUAGUAUUGCAAUCUUGUGCUGCAUGUAAAAGACUUAUUGUUGUUAUUUUCAUAUAUUGUUUCUUAUUAAUUGAUUAUUGUAUUUGUUAAAUUUGUAAUAUUAGUUUUAAUGUUAGUUUUACGGGGCCGUAGUAAUUGGCUAAGCGCUGUUAUGGACUCCCUGCCAUUAAUUGUAUUAUAGUUAUCUACAAGGCAAAGCUAAUAAAUUAAAUUAAAUUAAUUAAAUUAUACCCCCGUAUAAGCCUUCCCAUGUAUAAGCCCAUCAAGUGAAGGUAAUUUACAAAUAUAUUUUGCAAUUCCUUUUUAACCUUUUAACACAAACUGGAAUAAAAUAGUAAGUUAUUUUAUAUAAAGAACUUAGUAAUACCAACUACCAAAGUGCAUAGUCUUUUUUACUGGGUAAAGUGUUAUAUUUGAGGGUUUUUUUGCAAACAAUCCAUCUUUAUAAUAACUAGCAGUUCAUAUACCAUACUGCUCAGGAGCCAAUCAAAAGGCUGCAUUUUGCAGAUGGACUGUCUUCCCAUAUAAUAAAGAGAUUUAAUAGUUUUUAAAAAAAAAAAAUAUUUUAUUCUCACAACUGUGAGCAAAUCUGAAUCCGUAUCUAAAUCCACUACCACCCAAUCCAGCAACCAGUCUCAAAUAUCAGUUGAUGUGUAUAUAGUUUGCAUAAGAUAAGUUUUCAUCCCAGUUAUUUAAAAAUCUUGGAUUCUGAUCAUAUCUUCCCUUCUAUGUGGAAAAUGUCCAUAAAGCUGGGCAAAAUAUUUUUUGUGACAGUUUCUUACCAUUCUUUGUUAAAUUUGUUUACCAAUUGAAAAAUAAUAUAUCUUAAUUUAUUUAUUGGUUAAUUAUUAUUUAACUAAUUAAUCGUAAAAAUAUCAUAAUAAUAUAAUAUUUAGACAGUGUCCAACAAACAAUAUUGAAUUUUAUGCAAUCCAUAGAACUGUGCAGUGGAAAAAAUAAUCAUGUAAAAAAUCUACGACUGCUAUUCCAUUACAAAAUCAGUGGAAUGGAAGUAGACUCAAUUUGACCUGUUCAAAAUAACAUUAUUUAAAAUGAUUCCAUGGACUAAUUGGAGUUGACCUUAUAACAUGCAGUGAUAAAUUCAGUAGAGCUGUGCAGUUAACCAAAAGAUUCGGUCAGUACGAUUCUUCUUUAGCACGGCAACUGAAAGUCAGCACUAGGCAUGCACAAAAGAACCUGUCAAAGUCCAGUAGUUUUGGUCCCGAUCGAUGUGUUGCUGCUUCGUGUUGGAAAAAUAACAAAAUGUCUGCGCAAACAAAGUCAAGACAUUUCCUUUUUCAUAAUUUUAUUUAGAAUUAUAUAUUUAUGUGACAAGUCUAUCCCGUAUGAUGUUUAUUUUCUUGUUAUAUAUUGCAAUUUAUUGAGCAAUAAUUGCUUUGAAUUGUCCUUCUCUUGAAAAUACCAAAAUCGACACCGAACUGAGGUCAUUUCACCCCCAAAAGACCAGAACCAAGUCAAGAUGAAGUUUCUGGAACCACACAGCUCCUGUCGCUUUAUGUAAUAGCGCUGUAAAGAAUUAGAUAAAGAAUAUCAGACGUUUGCAAUUCUGAUUUCAUCGACGGAGAUCAAAGAGUAAAAAAAAGAGAAACAUAUUUAUUUGUGCAUAGAACAUUGGGAUAUAAUAUGGAAACAAGGCCAUUGGGGCAAAAUUGCAAUAAUUAAACAGUAUUUAAAGUCUAUUGGUUGCACGUGUCUUGUGGUUCAGUACAGGGGGAGGGCCUGAGACUCUGAGAAUCAAAAUUACAGAAUAAAUACUAGCGAAGCCGAACGUUAUUAAUCUGGUUCACAUGACUAGCAAUUCUGUCAGCGAUUUUUCUCCUCCUGGAAUAUGUGAUCGAAUGAAUGACAUGCGAAAGAAUUGUUUACUUCUGUAUUUUUGUGUGUGAGUUCACUCAUUUGCAGUGAACCAGACUUCACUGGCUGAUAGCUAGUAGAGCUGUGCGCUGGAGUCGGAGUACUGGAACCAGAGCCGGAGCUCCGGCAUAUUUUGCCGGAGUUGGAAACCUCCGGCAGACAAAAUUACGAAAAAUUAUUUCAUAUUUCAAUGAACUUUUGCUAAUGGAAAAAUUAAGUUGAAUGAUUUGAAGUUUAUACUAUUAGACGUCUAUAAAGUUUAAUUACUUGCUCUGAUCCGAUUCAUGGCUUCGAAAAUUCUGCAAGCGCAUUGCUAUCGCUUUUGAUACAAAAAUCCGCUGACCCCGAUGUAUUUUGGGCGAAAAUACCACGCUACCAUGCCGUUUUACUUUCUACAAAUAACAAAACAUUGACAUUGUUUAAACAAGCUCCGAAGCACGUAUAUUUGUUACGUAAAGGAGAAAGCUCAAAGGAAUAAAAUAAAUUCUGAAAUUACACUGAAAUACUUUCGCCUGCUUCUACUUUUAAAAAUUAGGCAACAGGGGCAAAUGUAACUUAUUAACUUUAAUUUAUAUUCUAACUGAUAUGUCAAAGUUGUCAACGGGGGUGUCAAAGUUGUCGAUGGGGGUGGGAGAUUUAAAAUGUCGUCCGGAAAAAUUUUUGGUUUGUCGGAAAAAUUUUCGGUUUGUCGGAAAAAAUUUUCGGUUUGUCGAAAAAGUACUGCCCUUGGACCUUGCGAAUGUUCAAGACGCUUCACAAGCCAUUCACAACAAUCGCAGCCGUUCAUGUUGUACAUAAAUAGUACUUACAAAUACAUUGCUCUUUUUCUCUUCAAGAUAACGUUAAGGGAUCAAACGGAAGUAGUAAUUUAACAAUAUGCGAAGAACGUCAAGGCAAGAUCUUACAUUUAUCUCCAACUGCUGGUUAUAUUGGUGCUUUUGUAGCAAUACUUAUGUUUGGGAGUAAUUUCAUCCCUGUUAAGAAGAUAACAACGGGCGAUGGUAUGUACACUAAGCAAUGACCAAUGUGGAGAUUUGUGAAGAGUUUUAUAACAUUAAAACUUCGGAAUCCAUUUGUCGUAAACCAUUUGUGUCAUUUGUCUGCCCGCCACAAUUUUGCAUUUAUUGUAUAUUAUAUGUUAUAUCAGACAAUUUCUUACCAGAGCCCGUUAUUUAGGCAAAAUGUAAGAUUUUAAGAUUGAAAAUGAUUCAUGCAUGCAACUUGAUGCAAGCAAAAUUAUAGCCCUUUGAAAUUUGGUGAAAGCACUAAAACGAGACCAGUCACGCAUCGGUGUAUAAUUAAAUAAAUCGGUGUAUAAUUAAAUAAAUUAAAGCAUCUUGCAUGACAUUGUGUACUCAAUAUUCAAGUUAUUAACAAGAAAACGUGAUAAAUUGGACAGUGAUAAUGAAAUAAAAUCGAAACAUUGCCUUAUACUGGGUGCGAUAAUUUGCGUACUUACCUAUACCGGAGGUACUGUAUACGCAGGGCUCGAAAUAACGGCCGAUCAACGAUCAAUGAUCGACAGGAAAUUGUUUUUGAUCGGCGAAGAAGCAACGUUGCCGUUCAUCUUGAUCGGCAAGAAAUAUAUUUGACCAUUGUCUGACAGGCAGGCUUACCUGUACGCGGUAAAAGAGAAAUAAAAUUUACAUAAAACACUUUCAAAAACACGCGAAAAACUCUUGUUUAGUUGAUAUUUUUACGAGUCAUACGACAGGAAAAGCCGCAAGACUAUAUUCUCGCUAUUAAAGUAAUUUACUAUAAAACAAAUUUGCAUGAAGUAUUUCAAAUUGAUAGGAUUUUUUUAGUAGGAUUUUCUCUUUUAAUAUAUAUAUAUAUAUAUAUAUAUAUAUAUAUAUAUAUAUAUAUAUAUAUAUAUAUAUAUAUAUAUAUAUAUAUAUAUAUAUAUAUAUAUAUGCUUGAAAAAUGCUUUUUUACAGAAAAAUACAAAUUUUAGUUGCCGAAAAGCAAUUUGUUCAUUACAACUUUUAUAAAAACAAUUUUGACCGAAAUAAGCCCAGGAAUUGUCUUUAAACUUGGCAUUUAAGUUUUUUUAAAAAAAAUUUAUGUUUAAGGACACGUUGUACGUUGUACUAUUUAUAUUUAUACGUAUAUUUUCGAAGAAUAGCUGAAUAUAUGUGGAGCAUUUGAAUCAAAACAUGUAGCACUGGCCAGUGUUUUUUCGAUGUUUAUGUUAUUUUUUCGCAUUUUGGUCGGAGAAAAGUACAUUUCGGGCUUGGCACUAAGUCCUCUGAAGCGAAUUCACUGUAUUUUACUAUCUUUAGUAUCGUAAAAAGCUGCCCGCUGCUGCAGCCAAUCAGAUUGCAGGAAAUAAAAACAUAUCACUAGGCAUGCACAAAUAAAAAAAUAAUAAAUAAUAAGUUUCAGUUCUUAAUCGAUAAUGCUGCUGUGUUUCUUGCUUUAAAAUACUCAUUAAUAAUUCAUAAACCUUGUGGCAAAUCAUGUCAGCGAUAAUAUGUCACAUGGAGCGACUUUAUAUCUGAUAAAACUCAUCUUCCUCAUUAGUAAUCUUUAUGUAAUUGUUCAUCCUAAUUAGUAUUCUUUUGUAGUCGUAUUUUAAGCUAUUCAAAACACUCGUUGUCGUGUUUUAUCAGACAUAAAACGCUCGGCUGCGCCUGCCAUAGCGUUUUAGUUUAGUACUAGAUCUAACACUCCUACUCCUGUUUUAAACAGUACUUACACUAUUAGAAUUAUACUACUUACACUAUUAGAACUAAUAGAAGUCCAAAAAUGUCGUAGAUUUAAUUAAACUUGAAUUUGAAAUAAAGUUAAAAUGUGUAUUUACUAUCAUAUUUAGCAUUUUUUUCAAGGAAACUUAGGCAAAUAUGCUCCUGAUCGGCCAGAUUUGUAUUUGAUCGGCAAAAAGUCGUGAUUACCGAUCACCAUGAUCGGGAACGUUGCGAACGUUAUUUCGAGCCCUGAAUACGCCAAUAUUACGAUCUGGUACUUCUUUGUUUUCACUAACGUACCACGUAUAGGUACGCGAAACUCUUGUUUUCUGCGUACUUAACUUUUGGCUGGUACCACAUGACCUUUCCAACUCCAGUGCAUUCGAUACCGUAAUUUAAUUUAUCAUGUGUCUGAGAUGUCUUAGCAUGAAACAUGAUUGGUCUGAUGGUACUAAGGGAGUGUUGGAGUCGAUUGGUUCUACAGUAUAUGCAAUUGUGCUUCUUCUUCUAACUCCUAGUUUGAACAUACUUUUCAGCAACCUACACUUUAUGUACUUUAUUUUAAAGACUAAAGGCCAUGUUACACGGUGCAAUUUUUCUUGCAACUUGCAAUGCAAUUCUACUCUUGAGAGAUGUUAAUUAGUGAAAUCAGUGAAGAAUUUUCGAUAUGUUGAGAAAACAUCAGCGGAGUGUAAUGAAGACUCGUAUUUGGCAAUUUUACAUCUCUCAACAGCAGAAUUGCAUUGCAAGUUGCAAGAAAAAUUGCACCGUGUAACAUGGCCCUAAGUAUACAUUGAGACCAACGCAAGUACACUGCAGUAGUCAUUGGCGUAUCAGUCAUGAGGUGCGACUAAAAAUCUUGAAUUAUCGCAUCCUGCUUAUUUUUCAUGUUGAAUACGCGAAUCGUCAGUACACAAGAUGCUUUUAUUCGCAAUAUGUUUAAUUUGUUCUUUUUUUAUGUCUUGAACUUGUCACCAAUGAAUAUAUACUGUAGUAACUAAACGUGAUCGAUAUAAUUCAAAACAUAUUGUCCUUCAAAAAUCUUAAACAUUGAGCGCGCAAGUUAUGAUGGGUGACUUUCUUUUUAGAGUCUUGCACUCGGGAAAUUUGCUUCGCAACAAUGCUACACUUUUUAUGUAGAGUUAUUUGGUUCACUAAGCCAUAGAUUAUCGAAGGGAAGAUGGCUAUGAAACUCAUAAGAGUAACAAUAUAACUAAUUAUCUAUGUUAAUAGUCAACGUUUAUUCGUCAAUCUGGUCCUAAUUCACCGUCACUUGCGUAUUAUAUUUUUGCCCAACUGACCAAUAGCAAUGUUUUAGGAAAGUUACCUAUCCGUGACUCGAAAAAUAGGGUAAAUUGGAAAUUGCUAUUAGUUAAUUGGGCAAACUGUACAAUACACACGUGACGGUGAAGGACCAGAUUUAUGAAUAAACGUUGACUAUAACAUACUUAGAUAAUGAGUUACAUUGGUAUUCUAAUGAGUUUCACAGCCAUCUUCCCUUCUAUAGGCUAUGACUAAGCCAAUAGCCUAUAUCCAAUCUUAGCCUCCGAAUAUGCAAUACCCACCAUACCUUGCAAACAUUUAACUUAGAUGUUUGUGACGUUGAAUAUGCUCGGCAUAAACAAGUUGCGCGUUCAAUGCUUAAAGUUUAAGAUUUUUGAAGGACAACCUUUUUUAAUUGGCUGUAUAAUAUUAUGCGGAACACGGAUCUAUAAGUCUACAGUUAUUUAUAUAUGUUAUAAUGAUUAACAUUCAGUAUUUAUUUUAGUCUUCAUAAUUAUUAUGAAUAUAAACAUGAGGUAUGACUUAGGAAUUUACUACUGUUCUUGGUCUAGGUGUUUUCUUUCAAUGGAUAGUUUGUUCAGGAAUAUGGACGUUUGGACUAUUUGUUCAUCUUUACAAUGGAGAUGAAAGAAAAUUUUAUCCUUUGGUAAUGGUGGGAGGAGCUAUUUGGUGUACUGGAAAUAUGUGUGUGGUUCCUGUUAUUAAAACAAUUGGUUUAGCAAUGGGAUUAUUAAUAUGGGGAACACUUAAUCUUAUUGCAGGAUGGGCAACGGGCAGGUAUUAAAUCAUCAAUCUAGUGUUAUUCAUAAUACUGUAUAAACUCAUGCUAAUAUGAAAUAUAUAUUGUGCAUGCAGCAUACUUUUCGCCAUACACUUCACUUGUGGUAAUAUACCUAGUAAAUAAAAUUUUAGCUAUGGUAGCAGUUUGAGGUUGUCCAACUUCGUACCCAGGCUCUUUCCAGUUUAUGCUGUAGGUGUUACCUCACCUUCGUCUACUACACUCCGGUUUUGUGGUUUUCACCUUCAAAAGACAACCUAAAUUUAAAAUAUCGUUCCAUAAAUAUUUUUGAAAAAGUAUACAUUCUGUCACAAAUGCUGUUGCAGCAUAAAGUAUUUGAUAUUAAUAUAUUUCCUAAUUACUUUCGAGCUUAUUUUCUGUAAUUGUUUUUGCAGAACUUUGCAUACCUAACAAAGCUAUUAUAUUAUAAUAAAAUGCAGAACAUUUAUAUGAAUUAUCCCUUUAUUAACAAGUUUAUUUAUUCUCUAAUGUAUUUUUCUAUGUACUGCAGAUUUGGGACGUUUGGGCUAAUUUGUAAACAGCCUGUACAACAUUCCGCUAUAAAUUACGUCGGCGUCGUAUUAGCCAUGAUAAGGUAUUUCAUGUCUGGAGAGCGGGCACCCCGGCCUAGCCUGCGAGCAGGCGUUUAUUCGGGUUGGGAGUUUCUACUACAUGUGUCAUUUUUGAACUACACAUUUAAAACGCCCAGAUUUGUACCCGAAUGCUGUUUCAAAUACUUGUUAUCAGGAUGUGUUCACACCGCUUCUUCCCACCUUGGUUAGCAACAGUUUGUUGACGACUUGCUACAAUUACUGUCGUUCCAAUUGAAGUGUUCCUCAAAUAUUGAUUCAAUACAUUACCUCGGGCUGACCAAUUCAUUUGAUCAAGUUCCUCGAAAUAUUCAUACACUUCCUAGUAUAAUUGUAAACUUCCUGUUGAAUAGUUUGAAUGCACCAAUCACCUUUGUUGUUUGUGCAACUAACCAAUCAUAAAUAGAAAGGAAGUGACCAGAAAUGAUCAAAUACUUGGAAUUGCCUCUUUCACAGGAAGUGUAUGAAUAUCUCGAGGAACUUGAUGAAAUGAAUUGGUCAGCCUGAGGUAAUGUAUUGAAUCAAUAUUUGAGGAACACUUCAAUUGGAACGACAGUAAGGUUGUUGAUUCGACAGACAAGUUAUUGUCACAAGUUAUUCCAACAACUUGUUGUUGUAUUGCAAUUCAACAAGUUGUUAACAAGUUGUUAGUGAUAACCUUUUAGCAACUUGAUAAAAUGACAACAUUGUUUAGAAGAAGUUUGCUAUAAGCCUGAUGCGAACACAUCUUGUUUGUCAAAGUGUGAGGUUGUUACGUGUGUAUGCUUUUAUUAACUAAUAUAUUUUCUUUCAAAGCCUUGGAAUAUUUAUUUUCAUCAAAAGUGAAGAUUCUUCAGGAAAUAUUGAUUCCGACAAUGUAUGUUGGGUAUAGUUUAAUAAUAUAGAUUUUUUACGAAGUCUUUCAAUUAUUUACAUUCAUUUUGAACUCUACUAUCCACUAAACAAUGCAUUUUAUGUUUCAAAUCGAAUGAGUAAACACGGCUACAGUUUACGCGUUAUUCGAGGAAUGUGGGUUAUGCAGUAGAUUUAUGUGUGCUGUUUAUGUGUUAUGGUUAGAAACCCAGCUGUUGGAAUAGUUCUUUUUGAACAAGAAGUUGGGCUUCUUGUGCUUACUUCUGUAAUCGGCAGUGACCUUGAACGCCGGUGUCGAAGGGAGCCUUGUUUCUAGGCUUUCCAGGAGAGAAAAGCCUGGGAACGAGGUUGUGUCGAGGGCGGCUAGCGUAUCAGUCAAAUAUAUGCAUAAAUUGUAUUAAUAAGUGUAUUAAUAACGCAUUCAGUUCUUUUCGUCCGGGAAAAGGCACACGAACAGGGAAACAUAAAUGCGCAUAAUUUAAGUAUAUGUAUAUAGUAUUUAUAACUGCUAACACUGACUAUUGUGUACAGAAUGUUAAAAGUUAACGUAACUAUUUUAACGUGGAAUUCUUGCAUGUGAAUCUUCGUUUAGGCAAUUUUCAAUAAUGAUCGCGGCGAAAUAAAUGUACGUCAAGAUGACGAAAGUAACGAUGAAGAAAAUGUUUAUCUGCUUGCCGGCGACAUGCAUCAGAAUAAUGAUUCAUCUUGGGUCGAUCAUUACUCAAACAACCAGAAGCGAUUUAUGUACGUAUACAAUGUCGACAAUCUAUAAAGUAACCACCCAGCGAGAAAAAUAUCAACUUCAGUAUGAAUCCCCCAAUGUUCAAUUCUUAUGGUUGGUAAUGAUUGAUACAUGAAACUAAUUUGAGUGUCAGUGACGUAUUCGUAACUACAUGGAAAUAUUUACACGUGCCAAAGCAAACUUCGCUUUUCACUUUUGUUUUACGCAAGACCAGAUAUUAAAUAAAGCGAUGUUUUCAAAGACCAAGUGAUGAUUUUUCGGCUACGCGCGUUCACGAACAAGUAAAAAAUAAUUAUGUAGAUAAUUUCAUUUGAGGAGAUCACUAUAUAGGGGUGUAAAAAAUAAUUUUAUUUCUGUGGGCACACCCUAAAAAUAAAAAUUCCCUGCAGAGUAAGUUUGUGUUAAAUCUAUACACGUAAAAAUUUCACAACAAGAUGUGUUCGCAACAGGCUUGUAGCAAACUUGUCAACAAGUUGUAACAAUGUUGUUAUUUUAUCGAGUUGCUACAAGGUUGUCACUCACAACUUGUUGAAUUGCAAGACAAUAACAAGUUGUUGGAACGACCUGUAACAAGUCUGUUGAGCUCAACAACCUUGUAAGCAGCAAGUUACCAAUUAACAAGCUGGGAAGAAGCAGUGCAUGCGAACACAUCCUAAUGAAGUUGUUCGGAAUGGCAUUGCUACAAAUCUGUUGCAGGUUUGUUAUAACUUGUGCGUUUUAUGUGUGUAGCCAUAGGUUAAUUUCUAGCUUGCGAAAACAGCCUCUACUUUGCUGCUCCUAUUAAUAUUAAUAGGAGCAGCAAAGUAGAGGCUGUUUUCGCAGGCUAGUUAAUUCCCUGCAGCUGUACAAAUUUCCUGCGAGCGGCGCUCGCGUACAUUUUUCCAUCACUGGAGAUAAGCAUCUGACAAUAGUGAAUGAAGACGUUCAGAUUGACGUUUAUGGCACACUACUAACCGCAAAGGGCCUCAAAUCACAUUUGAGGGUACAGUAAGUUCUACAACUGUUCGAAAGUUAAGAGCCUAAGUAGGUAACUCGUACUUCAAUUUUAAUGCACAAAUUACCCUAACUUUGUACAGCUAAUUAUUGAGCUCAAAACACGUUUUGUAGUUUGCCGUUUGCGGUUGGACGUCUGCCGUAAUGUGCUCUACUAUUUGUCAUUAACAUUCUAACAUUAGGUAAAACCCUGAAAUCUCCUCCACAAAUUUCAAUAUACAGAUGUAUCCUUAGCUUCCCAAUAACCUGAGUUCUGACGUAUUGAUUUUGUAUUAAAUAAUAUGUACUUUUCUUUAGUGGAAUAUUUCUGUCAGUUAUGUCGGGUAUUUUAUAUGGCAUUGCUUUUGUACCUGUUUACGUCAUUCAAAAGAACAAUGCAGAUGCUCCAGACGAAGGUAUGAUAUUUAAUGUUUCAUAUUCUGUUGUGACAUCAAUGUAACUAUCACCAGAAACAUCCACCUCAACUUGAGGCAUUUCGACCAAAACGAUAAUUCCACAGCAUGAGCCUUAACAAAUUACCUGUGCUUCCAGUUACAAUACAAUAGUAACUCCGGAAACGAUAAACAUUUUGAAAAGUGUUUACGCUAAUAUACACACACUACAAACACUUUUCAAGAUGUUUACCGUUUUUGGAGUUACUAUUGUAUUGUAUUGUAUUGUAUUGUAUUGUAUUGUAUUGUAUUGUAUUGUAUUGUAUUAAAAUACUCAGUGGUUCACACAACUUCCGGUUACAUAACCUAAAAAAUACGACACAGUAUGUAGAUCAGAAAUAUUUGGAAAAUGUUUUGCUUAACAUUGAUCAUAGUUUAACAUUUCAAGAAGCAACAACUGUGUGUGUAUAUCAUUGAACUAUAAGUAAACUGGAACGAUAAGUUGGCCGCAGUAGCCCAGUCCUUUUUUACAAAAUAGAUGCGAAAAAUAUAUCUUAUAAAAUCGUUAACAUUUUCUCACUUUUACUUUCUUCAAGGCAUUUAUAUUUAUCCUAGAGCUCAUGUAUGCAACACAGCUUUGAUCUAAAGCACAUAAAAUAAACAAAUAUUGUUUAACCGCCGAAAUAUGACACGUACAAAACGAAACUCGGCAAGAAACUUGAGCGCCCAAAAUUUGGCUUCACCCAAACAUAGGCCUUCAUCAUAGGAGUUAUCGUUCCAGUUUACUUAUAGUUCAAUGGUGUAUAUUCUCCAAUGGCUGAAACAAAUACUAGAUUCCCCUUAUUACCUUUUCGUAGCACUUUGCAUUGUGGUUAUAGUGGUACCACUGAUAUUCAAGAUGGCUUAUUUUUUGUCCUGACUCGUGCAAGAACUUUUAAAAAAAGCUAGGGUUAGGUGCGCGAUAGCCAACAGCAAAAUAUUCGCGAAAACAUUCAAUAUUUUCAUUCGAGGCCGCUAUCUUUAUCAGUGAUACCACUAUAACCACAAUGCAAAGCGCCACGAAAACGUAAUAAGGGGAAUCAUCAAUUGAAACAUACCUGUUUAUAAUAUAUAGAGGCCUUCAUCAUAGGAGUUAUCGUUCCAGUUUACUUAUAGUUACUCAAUGGUCUAUAUUCUCCAAUGGCUGAAACAAAUUAAAAUAUACCUGUUUAUAACAUAUAGAGGCCUAUGCAUGCAUGACAAAACGUUUUUUUAAGUAACCCACAGCCCUGGGGUAUUUCGUAGAGAGAAAUAUUUCCACGGCAUGCAAGCUGGUGUACUGCGCACGCCUAAAACUUGAAAGGAUACACCCUUGAAAAAGCUGCACCUGCAUGUUUAUACCUGUUAGCCUGUGCGCACACUAUAUAUGCCUGCAUGCUUUGCCGAUGGGGUGAAGAGAAGUCUGGUAUCGAAUACUUUGUGAUUAUAAUACACCCUUUCGAUAAUUACGUCAUUUCGCCUGGGAGCCUCGCUCUCAUGAAUCGUGAGCCAAUCACCUUGCGUAAUUUACUAAUGAGAGGGAGACUCCAAGUCCAAAAAGUAUGUGUGACGUAAUUAUCGAAAGGGUGCAUGUAUUAAUCAUACGCAGGAAGCCCUCCUUGACCAAAAAGCAUUGCCAAAGUAUUUCAUUGUUUUAUAUCGUGUAGAUUGUAUGUGUAAACCGGAUCAUCAACGUAAUUGGCUCACGCUGUGUUGAUGUUCCUGAGCCGUUUUGUUCUUGUAACUGUUUAAGUAUUGUUGGACGGCAAAGCUUAAUAAUAAAUAAAAAUUUAAAAAAUAUCACGAUACUUACUCAAACCUGGAAUCGAUUUUUGUUUUUAUUUGUUGUCAACAGGAAUACAAUAUGCGUUCUCUCAAUUUUGUGGCACUCUUCUGGCAAGCACGGUCUACUUUCUCAUAUACUGUCUUUACAAGAGAAAUAAACCAGAUAUAUAUUCUGAAGCUGUAGCACCAGGGUUUAUAUCAGGCGUUUUAUGGGCAGUUGGUGAUGGUAGGUCACUUUAUUUCUUGUUCUAUACAUGGUUACAUAUAUAUGUUGUGAUCACGACUUGCAAACAUGCAUGGAUCAAGAUUUCUUGAAAAACAUCAAGUUGCUUUCACUUCCAUGAUAUUCAUAUGUUGUUUAAUAUAUUUUUCUUUAUAGUUGGGUGGUUUGUUGCAAAUACUUAUUUAUCAGAGUCCAUAAGUUUCCCUAUCGUAACAACUGUAAGUAUAUAUAGAUUGCACAUAGAAUGUCACACUGCAAUAUUUGCAACCUUGGGUUAUAUUUUUGUGAAUAUUAUAAAUCAAAUUCAAAGUGUCCAAUCAGAAAGUUAGGUUUGUGCCACGUGAGUAUGAAAUUUACCAUCGAAUCGCGCGCCUUACGUUAUCACUUCGGUUAAUAUUUCCCAGAAAUCCCCCAGCUCGCUCUAUACGUAACUGAUAAAGGUUUUCUUAAUUGAUAACUAUAAUUAUUGAGCUUUCGACUCGGUACUUCGAGUCUUCAUCAGAAUUAUUUUACAAUGGGUGAUUCCAGGUCAAUCUCGUUCCCCGAGCCUGCGAUCCUCGGGAAGGAACGUGAGGCUCUGGGACAAUCCGUUUCAGGGAGGAAUCUGAUUGGCCGUAGAAAUGAAUGCGUAGUUCAAUCUUAGCCAGGAUUCCUGGCUUCCGGCAACGGAUUAUCCCAGAGCCUCGCGUUCCUUCCCGAGGAUGGCAGGCUCGGGGAACGAGAUUGAUUCCAGGUAAGAAGAACGAAAUCCAACACCACUGCUAGAAAGAGCGUCUUAGUCUGAGUAAAACUGCAAAGAUUGGUUGGUAAAUUUGUAAAAUGGAGAAAAAUUAUUAAUGUAGCCGUGUGAACUUCGCAAAUUUUGUAUAUAUUUGUAUUACGCACGGUAAAAAUAACCACUUUCGGCUCAAAAUGGUUAUUUUUCCCUCGCGUCAUGCAUAUAUAUACAAAAUUUGCGAACUUCACAGGGUUAUACAUUUUCCUCAUUUUACAACGAUUCGCCACCAAACUUUGCAGUUUUACUCAUUUUAUGCGGCUAUAUAUAUUAAUUUUAUAUAUAGGCUAUACAUAUUUACCAGUUCUUCAAAAGAUAUAUGAUCAAAAGUCAAUUUUUUGCAUUGUUAUGAUUUUUUAAAUUUAAUAUAGGGGCCUGGAAUUAUUGCUUCAAUAUGGGGAAUAUUUGUAUUUAAAGAAAUAACGGUACGUGUAGUUUGUUUUAAUUUCUUACGUUCCAGUAUUUUUGAAUUAUUCACCUCAGUGUCAGUGAAUAGUGCAAGGAUAUUUACCGAUAAAGGUAGGACAUGAGGAAUUAUUAAAGCCGAGGUUUGUGUUAUUUUCGAAGCCUGAGGCAGAUAACACAAACCGAGGCCUUAAUAAUUCCUCAUAUCCUGCGAGAACUGAAUUCAAUAAUUGUUUUAUUAUUUAUUUGUCGGAAUACACAGAAAACGUCGGCGAACCUUUCCUUUGAGGAAGCCAUUCGUAUUUUGAAUCCUGCAUUCGCGGGAUUAGGUGAAACGUAGAGUGCAUGUAGUUGUUUUCAAUAUUCCACGGUGAUGUCAUAACUCCAAAUUUGGGCAGCUACCGAGCGGAAAUGACGAUUUCAACGACAGCUCAUUUAGCCAUUCAAAACUCUUGAAUUAUUUUCAAUAAAUAAUAAAUAUAUUUAUUACAUAGACAACUACCGGAUAUAAGCUAUUCUACAAUCUGAUUGGCUCUCUACUAACAGGAUAUUAUAUCUUAUUGGAUUGUCGAGUGAUAAUGUAUAUAAAUUUCCACUCGACAAUUUCCUCUGCAAUACCCAUCAAAUAUUAUUCAUUCGAGUGAGAUGCCACUUCUUGUGCUGGUUCUGGCUUUUCUCUUUCAUUUGUUUUCGAAAUAUCCGUGGGUGAUCCCUAUCUUCAUGCAGGUUAUUCCAGUCCUUGUAAUGAGUUCCAGUUCUUGCUUAGGCGGAUAAUUACAUGGACUGUACAGGAUAUCCGGUCAAACACUACACGCGUAAAAAUUGAGAAAAUCAACAACUUGUUCCAGAUUGAUAUCAACAGGCGUGAACAAGGUUGUGCGGCCCACUAUGAACAGUAUUGUCAACAUGUUGUUACAGCAUUGUUCAACUGUAACAACUUGCAACAACAUGGUUGACAACUUGUUCAUAGUUGGCCGCACAACAUUGUUCACGCCUGUCGAUAUCAACUUGGAACAACCUGUGCGUUUUUAGCAGUGUAUAUAGAGUGUUUUGGGGUAGAGUAUGUGGAUUUGAAGAUAUUUUUUUUGUAUUUUGUAGGGAUGGAAAAAUUUUCUUCUUCUUGGCGUAGCCAUAUGUUUUGCAGUCAGUGGAUCAGUAGUGACUGGUUUCUCAAAAUGAAUGCAAAAUUAUUAAUUUUGUUACAAAAUAAUAUAUAUAUACCAAUAAUGAAUGCUUAUGAAUGCAAAAUAUUUUCAUGAGAUGAAAGAUGGCAUUUUCCAUUCCAUGAAGAAUUCCAUCCUUCAUGAAAAUAUUUUUACUAUUGCACAAAUGAAAACAUUUAUUGUUUGUUUUAUAUGACACCAAAAUAAAUCAAAGUUGAAUUAAAUACAAAACUUGAGUUGCAUGUAGAAUGUUUAUAAAAUUAAUAGAAAUAUAUACAGUAUAUAUUUUAAAGUAGGGGGACCAAAUUUCCUAAUGUGGGCCGGGGGCAAUUUUUAUAUUUCCUAACAAAUUUGUCGCCCCCGGCCCAUUUUUCCUAGGAAAUCUGACCCAUGAAGGAAACAUAUUUGUUUGGGAAGGAGGACAUAUUUCCUGUUACACCGGUGACGGGCGGUAUUGGUAAAAUUUCUUUACCCAAAUAAAAAUUGGGAAAACCGUGAAAAGAUCUAUUAUCAUACAGUACGUCUGCAUGAUCAUUUAACAAUUAUUCGCCGAAGGCGAGGUGAUAAUCACCGAGCUUGAGGCGAAUAAUUGUUUUAGUAUUUUUACACAAGUCUUUUGCGUUUUUUGGGACUGAAUUUAGUUUAAUUUCGCUUAUUUCUUUUUCAGUAGCUUCCACAAAACGGCUGGCCGCCAUUUUGCAAAUUUCGGUUUUGUUAUAUUCACCUGUAUGUGAAUAUAAUAUAUAUCACCUGUAGGUGAAUAUAACAGCUUUUAAGCGUCAAAUUUGACCAAUCAACUCGUAGGAUUUGUUCUAUUCACUUGUGCAAAAAUACUAAAAACAUACACACAAACCAAAGCCGAGAGAGACAUCCUAUCGAGUGAUUUGAUUCCAAGGUAUUUUCGGUGUUUGUUUAAAACAUGGUAUUUUCGAUUUGGCAUACUGUAUAACAACAUAGGAAUCUUAUACUGUAAGUUAAAUCCUUUCUUUAGAAAACAAUAAUUGAAGAUGUUAAUGAUGUAGUUCUUCACUCGAAAAACAUUAAAUUUCCUGGUUAUUUUAACCUUGAAAACAAACAUCUUAAACAAGUUAUAACAUUUACUCCAU